GACCGAGGACGUAGAGCCACGCCCUCCGAUUUGCCAAGGACGUGACACGCGAGUGACGUAACAUAAAGCGAACCAUUACUUAACAACAAGCGUCUGGGACAAAAACUCAUGAGAACAUUGUAGCUGAUAAACACGCCGGGAAGAAAACGGUCAGGCGCAGUAUGGCUUUGAGAAGUGUGACUCGUCUGCUGUCCGGCACCCCAAAAUGUGCAGCUGUCAAUGUGUGCCGAGCCCAGAGUACAACUGCUACUGCCCCUCUCAAAGUUAAUGAUGCUGAAGAAGUCAGAAAGGCUGCCAAGAGAGCCAAGGUGCCAUUCAACUGGCGAGACGCUCUGGACUUGGAAGGUCAGCUGACAGAAGAGGAGGUGAUGAUCCGGGACUCGUUCCGCGACUACUGCCAAGAAAAACUCAUGUCCCGUAUCGUGAUGGCCAACAGACAUGAACAUUUCCACCGCGAGAUUGUCUCCGAGAUGGGAGAGUUGGGCGUCCUGGGCCCCACUAUUAAAGGUUACGGCUGUGCGGGAACGAGUUAUGUGGCCUACGGCUUGAUUGCCAGAGAGGUUGAAAGGGUGGACAGCGGCUAUCGCUCAGUCAUGAGCGUACAGUCCUCACUGGUCAUGCAUCCCAUCUACGCAUAUGGCACAGAAGCUCAGAAAGAGAAAUACCUACCCAGGCUUGCUCGUGGAGAAAUCCUGGGCUGUUUUGGCUUGACCGAGCCGAACCACGGCAGCGAUCCCAGCAGUAUGGAGACCAAGGCCACGUACAAUCCAUCCAGUGGGACCUUCUCUAUCAGCGGAGCCAAAACCUGGAUCACCAAUUCCCCUGCUGCAGACAUCGCGGUGGUCUGGGCAAAGUGCGAAGAUGGCAAGGUGCGCGGCUUCAUCCUUGAACGCGGAAUGAAAGGUUUGGCGACUCCGAAGAUUGAGGGCAAGUUCUCUCUGAGGGCCUCCGCUACUGGCAUGAUUUUAAUGGAUGAAGUGGAAGUUCCUGAAGAGAACCUUUUACCAAAUGUCUCUGGUCUUGCUGGUCCCUUCGGCUGCCUCAACAACGCUCGGUAUGGCAUCGCCUGGGGAGCUCUUGGAGCGGCGGAAUUCUGUUUCCAUGCAGCUAGACAAUACACUUUGGACAGAAUACAGUUUGGGGUGCCACUGGCGAGGAAUCAGCUGAUGCAGAAGAAGAUGGCUGACAUGUUGACAGAGAUCACCAUUGGCCUGCAGUCGUGUUUAUCCCUGGGAAGACUUAUUGACGACAAGAAAGCAGCUCCAGAAAUGAUUUCCAUGCUGAAGAGGAAUAGCUGUGGCAAAGCUUUAGAUGUCGCAAGACAAGCCCGGGACAUGUUGGGAGGCAACGGAAUUUCUGAUGAAUACCACAUCAUCCGUCAUGUCCUGAACCUAGAGGCUGUGAACACCUACGAAGGAACCCAUGACAUCCACGCCUUGAUCCUGGGCAGAGCUAUUACUGGACUCCAAUCGUUUACAGUUGAAAAGUAAAGUUUUCAGAGGAUUUUUGGGUGUGUAAUCUCGAGGUCUUUAUGGCCAUCUUAGCAAGUGCUUUGGUUUGUGGGAUAAUAUUACAAAUACAGAGUGUCCAAAAAGUGACUAGGGUGGUGGGUGGUAGUAGCAGGCCUUCCUCUGCACAGUUGGUCAAGAACACAUCCUGAUGAGAAACGUGCCUUGGGUACUAUAAACUACUCUGGGCACUGGAGCAGUGUGACAGCCAACAAGCUUCUUAAACUGGCCUUGAACUGCAUGUGGUCAAAACCUCUUGAGGGGCAGCAAUAUCGCAACGCUGCUCCAAUGUCAAUUAGUGAGUCAUGUAAAAUGGAUUAGAGAAACUGCAAAGAAGAUGUCAAACGCUGAUGGCCUCACAUCUGAUGAAAUGAUACCUGAAUGUAAAUGGACAACAAGGAAGUGUAUACUCUAUAACUGUACAAAAAUAAUGUCACACUGUAAACUAAGAGCUGCUUUUGUGUUCUUUUAAUACAACUUUAAAUAAUGCACAA